AUGAAAGUCCCCACGCGCAGCUCAAAAUACUCAUUCAAUUUGAAAAUAUUCAAAUUGCAUAACGAUAAGAAACCUACCAGCCCCAGUCCGCCAACCUCACCUGUGAUCUCGGCGAAGCGAAACUCAUGGCGCGCUUCGUGGCGAUCGGCCCUGGGCGCCAAGGGCAAGUCCCUUGGAACGCCCUCAGACGACAGAGAUCCCAUCGAUCUGGAGGCGGAACCAGGGCUUUUCGAGAGGAUGAGGUGCCACAGCACCUGCUCCACCUCCUCCUGCGCCGAUCAAAUGUUUCCCGCCAUCCAGAUUCCCCAAGGCGACGAACUCAUGUCGAUGCCAUGGUUCGGCAUGGACAUCGGCGGAACCCUCACGAAGUUGGUCUACUUCGAGCCCAAGGAUAUAACGCCGGAUGAGCAGGAUCGCGAGGCUGGUAUCUUGCGAAAUAUACGGCGCUACUUAACCAAAAACUCGGCAUACGGCAAAACCGGACAUCGAGAUACGCACCUACAGAUGGACAAUGUCGAGAUACGUAAGAGACGUGGCUCCUUGCAUUUCAUUCGCUUCCAGACCACCGACAUGGGCAAUUUCCUGUCGCUGGCCAAGCAGAAGGGCAUGGCUGAGCUGGUUACCACGGUUUGCGCGACCGGCGGCGGAGCCUUCAAGUUCGAGCAGGAUUUCCGUGAUCAAGUCAACAUGAAGCUGGCCAAAUUCGACGAGCUGGACACGCUCAUCAAGGGCAUACUCUUCGCCGACCUGCACAAUCGCACCGAGUGCUAUUACUACGAAAACGCACGUGACAUUCUAAAAAGCGAGAAGCGACAGUUCAACUUUUCGCAACCGUUCCCGUUCAUUCUGGUGAAUGUCGGAUCCGGAGUCUCCAUCCUGGCGGUCUACGGUCCGGACAACUACAAGCGCAUUUCUGGCACAAGUUUGGGCGGCGGUACAUUCCUGGGACUGUGUUGCCUCCUCACCGGCUGCACAUCCUUCGAAGAGGCUAUCCAACUUGCCACCAAAGGCGAUAACAGGAAGGUGGACAAAUUAGUUAAGGAUAUUUAUGGCGGCGAUUACAACCGCUUUGGUCUGCCCGGAGAUUUGGUGGCGUCCAGCUUUGGCCAGAUGCACCUCAAUGACAAACGUGUUUCAGUAUCACGUGAGGAUUUGGCCAACGCCACACUGGUCACAAUAACGAACAAUAUUGGCUCCAUAGCAAGGAUGUGUGCGCUGAAUGAGAAGAUCGAUAGGGUCGUCUUUGUGGGCAACUUUCUGCGAGUGAACCCCAUUUCCAUGAAGCUAUUGGCCUACGCCAUGGAGUUCUGGUCCAAUGGCACAAUGAAGGGUCUCUUCCUGGAGCACGAGGGAUACUUUGGUGCGCUGGGUUGUCUGCUCCAAUUCAACGGCGAGCUGGCAGCCGCCCUCAACGAUGGAGUGGAGCAUCCCAUCCACACAGCAUCAGAUGCCGGCGAGGGCGCAACGACGCUGCCCUCGGCGGAUGAGCCACCAGAGAAGGCACCCACAAGCAAACACUCCACUAGAUAGUCGCUGUAACCACAUGUUCCUCCCGAAGGCACCCGAUGUGGGCCAUCCGAUUGUAGUGCAUUGUACAGUAGACCUAAGAUCUAUAAGGCAAUGGCAAUGACUUUGAUCCUUCGCAGUUUAUCUCGGUAUUUAUCGUAAUUCUCUCUCGGCUUUAGUUGUAAUUUGAGGACGCACAAAAUGUAAAUGCAUGAAAUUACUGAAUGGAUAAAGUGCCUGCUAGCAAGCAACGAAUUUUGGCCCAAUCAAAUGCCGAACCACAAUUUAUGUCUUAAUUUUCCUCCGUGUAACAUUUUACCAUAUGUUACUACCUUGCAAUCUUCUACAAUCUUCGGUAGUUUUUAGUUUCUUUUCUACAGUGAUAGAUGUUAGCUCUCGGAAAAGUAUUACAAAUACUUGACAAUGGAACCGUAAUUGAAAGUCUCGCGCGCAACAAAUAGUUCAAGAGCAUGUAUUGCAUACACCUAAUGAUAUGCCCAUGUCCUUUGACAAUAUUCAUGUAUACCUAUAAGUUUUUACCCUAUCGUUUGUGUACAUGAUUUAAGUGGAUGUUUUAAAGUUUCUUUUUAGAAUAUAAGUUUGUGGUCAUGUUAUGAUAGGAUCCAAUUUGUUGGCAGGUCAAUAAAACUUGUUUAAAACAAA